UUCCAUGGCUUCCAACCCAUAGAUUUGGGUAUAUUCUCCGAUUAGUUCACUCAUUAUUUCUCAUUACUUGCAAAAUUGACUUCAUUCCUACGCAUCAUCCAAAACCCUUUGCUCCUGAUUCCAGCUUAAUCUCUCCGACGAUUUCAAUCUCUUCCCAGUUUUGGGAAUCUCAAAGUUUCAAUCUUUAAAGUUUUUGUUGGGGCUGUUUUAGGUUUCGAUGGACACGAAUAACUGGAGGCCUCCUCCAGGUGGGGAGCCUGCAAUGGAUGCAGGAGAUUGGAGGAGCCAGUUGCAGGCAGAUUCACGGCAGAGAAUUGUUAAUAAGAUUAUGGAUACGUUGAAGAGGCAUCUUCCCUUCUCCGGUCAAGAGGGAUUGCAUGAACUCAAGAAAAUCGCUGUUAGGUUUGAGGAAAAGAUUUAUACUGCUGCUACAAGCCAGUCGGAUUAUUUACGAAAAAUAUCUCUGAAGAUGCUGACGAUGGAGAACAAGUCUCAGAACACCAUAGGAAACAAUUCUUUACCAAGCAACUCUGGUGGUAAUAGUAACAGACCCCCUGAUCCAGGAUCUUUCGGUAUGCAAGCCCAAGCCCCCAAUCAAGGACAGUCACUCUCUAUGCCAGUUCCAGCCAAUCAGUCUCAAACACGCCAACAGCUCUUAUCACAGAACAUUCAGAAUAACAUAACUCCUGCUGGAGUUCAAAAUUCUGCUGGGUUGUCAUCUGCACUACCCCCUGCAUCUGGUCUCACCCAGAACCCUAUGGUUGGACAAAGUGCAAACUUGCAAAGUAUGUCGGGUACAUCACAUAAUUCAUUAGGGAACUCCAUGGGCCAGGGGGUAGCCUCAAAUAUGUUUGCUAAUCCCCAAAGGCCAAUGCCAGGAAGACAACAGGUAGUUCCCCAACAGCAACAACAGCAACCCCAAAACUCACAGCAGUAUAUGUACCAACAACAGUUACAACAACAGCUUAUGAAGCCAAACUUUAAGCCGGGAAACAUGCAACUUGUGCAAAAUCAUAUGCAACAGCAACAGCAACAGCAGCAGCAGCAGCAAAACUUAUUACAACCACCUCAAUUGCAAUCUUCCCAGCAAUCUGUUAUGCAACCUCCUGCAGUGCAGUCUUCUCUCUCUAGUCUGCAGCAUAAUCAACAACCUGCCAUGCAACACUCGUCACAAUCCAUGCUUCAGCAGCAUCCUCAAUCUGUUCUCCGUCAGCAACAGCAGCCUCAACAGUCUUCUGUUGUCCAUCAGCAGCAAACACCAAUCCCACAGCAGCCAAUAUUGCCUACACAGCCACAGCUUAUGGUGCAACAGCCAAAUUCGACAAACUUGCCGCAAAAUCAGCUUAUCGGGCAACAAAACAAUGUCGGGGACAUGCAGCAGCAGCAGCAACAGCAAAGGUUACUGAGCCAGCAGAAUAAUAUGUUAAACUUGCAACAGCAGCAGCAGCAGCAACAACAACAACAGCAACACCAAUUAAUGUCUCAGCAAAACAACCUUUCAAAUAUGCAUCAGCAACAGUUGGGCCCACAGAAUAAUGUUACUGGAUUACAGCAACAGCAGCACCUUGGUAGUCAAAUUGGCAACUCAAGCAUGCAAACUAAUCAGCAUCCUGCACACAUGCUGCAAGCCAAGGUUCAGCAACAUCAGAGUUCAUCGUUACCCACUCAAGGACACCAGUCCCAACCCCAGGCUUCACAACAACAAUUAUUGUCUCAGAUUCAAUCUCAGCCCUCACAGAUGCAACAACCUAUGGGUAUGCAACAGCAACCGAAUGCACUGCAACGAGAUAUGACGCAAAGAAUGCAAGCAUCGGGUCAUGUAUCAGGAGCCAUGCUUCAACCACUAAAUGUAAUGGAACAGCAAAAGCAGUUAUAUCAGUCUCAAAGACCUGAGACAUCAUCAACGUCUAUGGAUUCCAGUCAUUCCACAGCCCAGACUGGACAUACAAAUGGUGCAGAUUGGCAAGAGGAGGUCUAUCAAAAGAUAAAAGUCAUGAAGGAGAUGUACUUCCCCGAGCUAAGUGAAAUGUACCAAAAAAUUGCUGCUAAACUUCAUCAGCAAGAUUCUCUUCCGCAACAGCCAAAGUCAGAUCAGCUUGAUAAGCUGAAAAUGUUCAAGACCAUGCUUGAGCGCCUCAGAGCAGUCUUACAAUUGACAAAAAGUAACAUAUCACUUGGUCUGAAGGAGAAGCUGGGUUUAUACGAGAAGCAGAUAAUAAAUUUUAUUAAUACAAAUAGACCCAGGAAGCCAGUGCAGCUCCCCCCGCCGCAUAUGCAGCCCAUGCAGCAGUCACAACCCCAAAUCACUCAAGUGCAAUCUCAUGAAAAUCAGAUGAACCCACAAUUGCAACCCAUGAACUUGCAAGGUCCUGUGGCAACAAUGCAGCAGAACAAUAUGACUGGCUUGCAGCAAAAUUCUAUGUCUUCAUUAUCUGGGGUUUCAACAGCACAGCAGAACAUGAUGAAUCCUUUGCAGCCAAGUUCCAAUAUGGAUCCAGGACAAACUGCUCUAAACUCGCUGCAGCAGGUCCCUGUGGGCUCUAUCCAACAAACUGCUGUCAGUGCUCCCCAACAAGCUAAUAUGAAUGCCUUAUCAUCCCAAAAUGGGAUCAACAUGCUUCAGAACAACAUUAAUCCCCUUCAGUCAAAUUCUGGUAUUCUUCAUAGCCAACAUCUGAAACAGCAGGAACAGCAAUUGCAUCAGAAUCAAAUCAAGCAACAAUAUCAACAACGACAGAUGCAGCAGCAGUUGAUGCAGAAGCAACAGAUAAUUCAACAGCAGCAGCAACAGUUACAGCAGCAAGCAAAGCAGCAGAUGCCUGGACAGUUGCAGGCACACCAGAUUCCGCAGCCUCAUCAAAUCAGUGAUGUUAAUGAUGUGAAAAUUAGACCGGGGAUGGGUGUUAAGCCAGGGGCUUUUCAGCAACAUAUGUCUGUAGCCCAGCGUGGUUAUCCUCAUCUGCAAAUGAAAGGAUCCCAAUAUCCUGUUACAUCAAAUAAUUCACUCCAGGCUCAUUCUCCUCAACUUUCACAGCAUUCAUCUCCCCAAGUUGACCCCCAUUUGAUAGUCCCUAAAGCUGGGACCCCUUUGCAAAAUGCUAGUUCACCAUUUGUCAACCCAUCUCCCUCAACUCCCAUAGCUCCAUCGCCUAUGCCAGGGGAUUCAGAGAAACCUUCCUCCCUCUCAAAUGCUGGAAAUGUUGGACAUCAACACACAACUGGCACUGGAGCUCAGGUUCAGUCCCUUGCCAUUGGCACCCCUGGGAUUUCAGCCUCUCCUUUGCUCGCUGAAUUUAGCGGUCCAGAUGGCACUCAUGCUACUGCUUUGUCAACUAUAUCUGGCAAGUUGAGUGUUACAGAGCAGCCUCUUGAGCGCUUGAUUAAAGCGGUCAAAUCAAUAUCACCAAAGGCAUUGAGUGCAUCUGUCAGUGACAUAGGUUCAGUAGUGAGUAUGAUUGAUAGAAUAGCAGGUUCAGCACCAGGUAAUGGAUCUAGAGCUGCAGUCGGUGAGGAUCUGGUUGCUAUGACAAAAUGCCGUCUGCAAGCAAGAAACUUCAUCACUCAUGAUGGAACAACAAAUGGGACAAGGAAAAUGAGGCGAUACACAAGUGCCAUGCCCUUAAAUGUGGUGUCAUCAGGUGGCAGCCUGAAUGAUAGUUUCAAGCAGAUGACCGGUUCAGAGACAUCUGACCUGGAGUCUACUGCAACAUCUCGUAUCAAAAGACCUAGGAUUGAGGCUAAUCAUGCUCUUAUGGAAGAAAUAAGAGAAAUAAAUCGGCGUCUUAUAGACACAGUUGUUGAUAUCAGUGAUGAAGAUGUUGAUCCGAGUGCAGCAGCUGCUGAAAGGGGUGAAGGAACCAUUGUCAAGUGCUCUUUUGAUGCUGUGGCGCUGAGUCCCAACUUGAAAUCACAAUAUGCUUCAGCACAAAUGUCUCCGAUUCAGCCAUUAAGACUGCUUGUUCCAACAAAUUAUCCCAACUGCUCUCCGAUACUGUUAGACAAGUUUCCAGUUGAAGUCAGCAAGGAGUACGAAGAUCUUUCUGUGAAGGCAAAAUCAAGGUUUAGCAUCUCUUUACGAAGCAUUUCGCAGCCCAUGUCCCUUGGGGAGAUAGCAAGGACUUGGGAUAUCUGUGCACGUGCAGUUAUUUCUGAGCAUGCGCAGAGAAGUGGUGGAGGAAGCUUCAGCUCAAAGUACGGCACAUGGGAAAACUGUUUGAGUGCUGCUUGAUAACCAUGAAGAGCUGAAAAAGCCACUCCUAUGAUGUGUUAUUACGCGUUUGCAUGAUCUUUACCUGCUGUUGUGGCACGACGAUUGAAGUAGUUCUGGAUUACCUGGUAGGCAGAUAUGGUGACAAACUUCCUCGGGAUAUCUUCAUACAAACUCUCCAAUGUGGGUUCUCUGUUGUGUUUGUCCCAGGUUAUAUCUGGGUGCUAUUGUUGAUACUGUAAAUAAUGUCAAAGAAUGAAGAUGCGGAGUUCUGCUCCGUUUGUAAUGAAGCUAUUUUUUUUCAAAGGUUAUUCUAUAUUUCUAUAGCUUAUCGACUUGCUAAUUAUUAGCUUGGGAAGUAUUUAUAGUCUAGUUUCGUAGCGAAAGCAGUCAGUUUACUGUUCAGUUGGGAAAUGUAACGCUAGCACGUACUGUCUGAAAGGAAAAUUGUCACAUUUCCUAAUUUGUAUGAAAAUCAGUUCUUUAAUUCUCUAAUUGAAAAAUUCGCUUUGUUA